UCGUUGAAAACUACUCUCAAGUGAGUAAAUUUUACUCACUUUUAAACUUUUACUAAAUCUGUCAAAGGUGAGUAACAUCAAUUUGUCAAGGUGAGUUAAUAUCUACUCUGUCACAUUAGAUCUCUGCUUUACUCACUUUUGAGUAAAGCGUGUUAUUUACAAAAAACUCAAUGUUGUGAUAGAUUGCAUCAGAAAGAAAAACAAAGUCACAGGAGUGUGUUGUGUGCCAACCGGUAAGCCGGCGGAAAACCUGCGGAAACCUGGGAAAAUGGAUCAAGUUGAAGCAGCUGUGGACCCGGCAACCUUCCGGCAACUAACAGAAGAGAAAAUCAACGAUGCGUCGUUGAUAUUGCUAGGUAACACCGAGCUUAUCAACCUCGGUGUCAAGCAAGGUCCUCGAAUGAUUAUACUGAAGAUCAUUGAGGGCCUUAACGCAGCAGUCAAUAAUGACGAAGGCAGAAAGAAGGAGCCUGGUCCGCCUGGUCUACCGUCAAAGGAGGUUUGCCGAAGGAUGCUUGAAGAAAACAGCAAGUUCAGACUGAACGUUUUACUCCCUGUACUGGAUAAGGGUCUGGUGCCCGAUGACAAGGACCUUCGAUUUCUUAACAGGGUUGCAUGUAAACCAUUUGAGACAAGGAUUGAACGCGGUGGAAAGUAUCCUUCAGCAGAUGAACAGGAGCGACUAGCGAAAGAUUUGGUAGAACUAUUUCCACAGCUCCAGUACAAUUCUACCAGACCUGAAGGUGCACCAAAUGAGUGGAUGUUUUUCUGGAGGAAGAACGGAACAGAAAAAGGCAAGCACAGUGGCUUGAUUUAUCAUCGUGUGCGGAACGUAAUCAAAGAGCUUCCAGCUGAAAUGCAUCUCUACAGACGCACAACUGCCCCUAGACAAGUUCAUGUUCCAACUGAACUUCUGCAAAAAGCUGAGGCUCUGCGCAUCGUGAUAGCCACUAAGCACGAAAAGAACAGGAUUGCUACCGAAAUGGACGAAUGCUUCCCAUUGUUGAAGUUGAUGCUGGCCGAAAACAAAAGCCCCACCGAAAUCAUACGAAUGUUUCCUCACCUAGUGGCCUACAACGGAUACAUAAUUCAUAACUCGUUCAAAAAACUCUUUCCUGCUGCUGAAGUGAGCCCAGAUUACAAAGGAGUUCUGUCGAAAUGCCUCCUGUACUCUCGAGAUAAGUUCGAGCGAAUUGAAGAUGAGUACAUUAAAGGAUUUCUUCGAAUGCUGUACCAGUUACCAGUACGAGGUCUUAAGAGGAAGAUUGAUGGAACACCUGCGGUUUCCGAAGAACGUAUGGCAACACCGCUUAUUCGUUGGGUAAAACCCAUGACUAACAACGACGACGAUUUGGCUGAUCAUGUGCGGUCAUUUCUACAAGUAGAACCGCACAUAGUUUGCAUGGCUCAGCCCCUUCAAAUGGGGCAACUGUUCGUCGUGAUGAACAACCAAAUCAUCGUCAAAGUCCAAAAUUCCAUUUCAGCCAUCGAUAUAUUUUUUAAGUCCUUCAAAGUAUUCGGCCUUACAAUUCCUAGCGAAUUAGCCAUGAUGAUUGAUUUCCUGGAGUGUGCGCUUUAUCAUACUGUUGGCCACAGCUCUCGGAAGUCAGUAAAUCUCAUGGCUAUAGCAUUCAAAGAAGUAGCCCAUGCCGAAGAUGCGGUGUUCAAUGAAUAACAUUCAGUACGUACGCUUUUGACUACGCUCCCACCGGGCAUAUCGCCGGGUUGCUCAAGUAUUAAGUGACAUUCAGAACUUUUAUCAUCCAAAUGAUUUUUAUUAACCAUAAUUGACAAUGCAAAAGCUGAUCUAUCAUAAAAGAUUCGACUCCUUGUUUUAGAAAUAAUCGACUACUGAGUAGUCGCCUAUAAGUGUGUUUUAAACCUUUUUAUCGUUUUCUUUUUUGUUAAAAUUGAUGUCGAGAAUGGUAAUUUAUGAAUUACAACCCAUUCGUUUGAUUAGCAGGUUACUACAGGGAAGUUUUAAAGUGAUUUAAUAACUAUAUUAUAAUGUUGUGUUACAUAAAUGCAUAUUUCUAAAAAAUAAAAGAUUUUUGCUCAAUUUUUUUCUGGCGUUUGAAUUAAAUAGGUCGAAACUUCAUAGGAAUCACAGCAAACUUUGGACCUAUUUAAAUCAAACGCCAAUUUUAGUGUUUUUUUUAAUUAUUAAACCGAAUAGAAAUUCCUAAAAUCAUCCCGCGGAAUAUUCAUUUAACAUCUACUCACUUUCGCUAGUUUUCGCAAAAAUAAAAGUGAGUAAAUAUUACUCUCUUUCUACUAAAUCAAUAAUUACUCUAAAGUGAGUGAAUCCGUUUUACUCUCAUUUGAGCUGAUGCACUUAGUAAUGAAGUGAGUAGAAUUCUACUCACUUGAGAGUAGUUUUCAACGAGCGUG